UUUUUCCGUUUUUUUUUUAGUAUUUUCUUUUAUUUUUGUGUUUGUGUGUAUUAUUAAAAAAUGUAAUUUUUAAAAUAUUUUUUCGAAUCGAUUCACCUAAUAUAGAAUUUGAAUGAAGUUCCGUUAUCAUUUUUGUACCUAAAUAUAACCUAAAACAAUAUUAGUAAAUUUUUUUAAAAAUUAUGUAUGUCUUUAUAUGUAUAUAAAAUAAUGAAAACGUGAAAAUAAUGAAUUAUUAAUAUUGAAUAAAAAAAUUGAAAAGAAAAAAUUAUAAAAUUGCAAUUUGCAUAAUUCAUUUUUAAUAAACGGGACCAUAUUGGACAAGUAAAGGAAAAAAAAAAAUCAUAAAAGUAAUAUACAUAUAGUUGCUGCUAUUCAUAAAAUCUGAAAACAGAAAAAAAAACUAAAACUUUAUAUUUGCAAAAUCUCAGGAAUUUUGUAUGGUUUUUGUGAUGGUAAUCAACUCAUAUUAUAUACAUAAUAUAAAUAUAUGUUAGUGAUGAUGAUAAUGAUGACGAUAUUUAAAUAUACAUAUACUAAAAUGAUAUAAUGAUUAAUUUAAAGAUGAAAUAUUUUUGUUGAAGUGUAUGAUGAUGAUGAUCUACGAUUAUUUUAUUUAAAAUCGAUUUGAGUAUAUCCAACUUUUUUUUUUUUUUUUGAGAAAAUUAAAUCGGAUUGAGUUUUUAUUAAAUAAUAUUAAAUUUUUCGUAAUAUAAUUGUGUAGAAAAACAAAUAAAGUUUAUAACAUUAUAAAAUAAAAAAAAUAAGCAUAAAGGAGAUGAAAUAUUGAAUUGAUUCAAUCAUAGAAUUGAUGAAUUAAAUAUUAUAUAUAUGUUAGAUUAAAGGUGUGAGAAAAAAAUAAGUUUGAAAUGAAAAAAUUCAUUAAACAAUAAAAUGCAUUUGUUGGAUAUUUGUGCAAGUUUUUGUUUAAAAAAUUUAAUAAAUUAAAAAAGAAAAUUAAUAAAACACAUUUUGAAGGCCUUUGAAAGAAACAUUUUAAAUUGCAAGUUGAAUAAUAUGCAGAAUUAUGUAAUAUAUCCAUAUGAGCAACAUCCUGUAUUCAGAAAUGAUGAUACAAAAGGUAUACAAUAGGUACAACACUUUUUAUUAACUGUAAAACCAGUAAAAGAAUUAUUAUAAUAGUUUGAAAACACAAAACAAAAAAGUAUAUAUAUAAAAAGAAAAUGCGAAUAUUUAAAACAAGAAAAUCUGGUGAUAGCAUAAAUAUAACAACAAUAACAUCAAAUGGAUCUCAUCAAGGAACAUGCCGAUCAGUAUCAUCAUCAAUUCUAUCAAAUGCUAAUAUCGGUAAUUUAUCAAUAUCAUCAUCAUUACCUGAUUUACAUGAUUCACCAGUUAUGAUAUUAAGUUGUACGAAUUUAACACAAAGUCGUUUAAAUUCUAAUCAAUUUCAAAAACAACAACAACAGCAACAAUCAACAAAUCAUCAACAAUCAACAAAUCAUCAACAUCAACAAUAUCAACCAAAGUUAUUACAUCAACAUCAAAAUCAUCAAAAAUAUCAAUUUCAAUCAAAUUCAAAUAAAAUAAUUAAUAAUGAUAAAUAUAAUAGUAUAAUUAAUAAUAAUAACAAUAUUAAUAAAAAUAAUAAUAAUUAUGAUAAUAGCAAUAAUAAUAAUUUAAUUUGUAAUGAAAAAAUUUUAAAUAAUCUUAAUAAUAAUAAUAAUGAUAAUAAAAAAUUAAUAUCGAAUAUUAUAAUUGGAAAUACAAUAAAUGGAAAGACUGAUAUAAAUUUACAAAAUACUAGCAGCAAUAAUAAUAACAACAAUAAUAAUAAUAAUAAUAACAAUAAUGAUAAUUCAAUAAUAAUAACAACAAAGAAUAAUAGUAGCAUAACAUUAAAUACAUCUUCUUCAGCAAUGAAUAAUACACAUAUUAAUGACAAUAAUAGCAAUAAUAAUAAUAAUUACGAUAUUUUAUCAAAAUCAAUUAAUAAUUGUAAUGGAACAACAUCAAAAUAUUCUACUAAUCGAAAAUUAGCAACAACAAAUAAUCAACAUACUAGUAGAUCAUUUUCAAAUUCAACAACAACUACGACAACAUCAACAACAGCUGCAUCAUAUACAGAUGAAUCAACAAAUAAAAAGAAUUAUAAUGAGAGCAAUGGUCAUUUGCCAGACUAUAAACUAGUCACAGCUGUGCCAGUUGUUGUUCUUGACGAUGAUUCUCGCCGUGAAUCGAAAAAUAUGUUUACAUGGGGAAGAAAAAUGAGUAAAAAACUUGAUAUACUAAAACGUGGUGAUCUUUUAAAAAGUUUCGAUCAUAAUAAUACAGAUCAAUCGAUGACCUCAUUAAUAAUUGGUAAAUCAUGUACAUUAACAAGAUCAUCAACAAUAAAUCCAUUAAAAAAGAGUAAAUCUGGACCAAUUGAUGCUCAAACAAAAGAUUCAACAUCAAUUUCAAAUAAAUCAGCAACAUUAACAAGGGAUAGACAAAAUUCAAUUAAAUCAUUUUUUCAUCGGAUCGGUUCUACUGGCAUGCUAAAUCAUAAAUCACAUAAUAUUACAAAAAUAUCUGAUACAAAUAAUUUAUAUCGUAGUAGUUCAACAAGUCAACUAAAUAGCAGCUAUUAUAAAUGUGAUGAUCCAACUGAUGGUGUUAAUUUAAUUAAUAAUAAUAAACAACCACCUAUUAUAAAUUCUAAUACAAAAAAAGUACAUCAUUUAAAAUCAUCAAGCUGUGAUGAUAUUGCAAAAGUUGGUAAUUAUAUUACCAAUAAUAAUAAUAAUAAUAAUAAUAAUAAUAAUAAUAAUAAUAAUAAUAAUAAUAGCAAUAAUAAUAAUGGUAAUGGUAAUGAUCAACAACCAAGACGUGGUAAUUUUCCGUAUGCAUUUUUAAGAUCAAAAUUAUCAGUACUACCAGAAGAAAAUGGUGGUUCAGUUCUAAAACAACAAUCAUAUACAAAUUUAGAUCGAAUUUGUGAUUCAUCAAAUACAUCUGAUACAAUAUCGAUAGCUAGCUCAACCAGUCCAAAAGCUUCUAGUACAUCGAAAAUUACAAAUUAUUCAAAUAAGAAUGGUGUAAUUAAACGUUAUUCAUCUGAUGAUAGUGCUAUUAGUAAUUGUUCACCAUUAAUUGGUGAUGUAUCACGAAAUAGUAGUAUAUCAUCAAAAGAUUGGGAACCAUUCUAUCAUCGUUUAAGUUCAUGUAUUAGCUCAAAUGAAUCUGGAUAUGAUAGUGAUAAUGGUCGUCAUUGCGAUGAACCAUUAAAAAGGAAUAGUAUUGUAUCAAAUUCAAUUCGUUUAUUUGAGGAAAAUUUGAUACAAGAAAAAUUACAACAACAACACCAACAACAAAGAUCAAAUAAUGAAACUGGAACAGUUCGAAGAAGAUUUAAAGAAAUUAAAUUAAUUAAAUUGGAUUCGUGUGAUUUCAUUGGAAUAAUUGUGUCACCCAAAAUAAUAGUAAAUACAUCAAAUGAACAACAAUAUCGAUAUGUUAUAAUUGAACUUAAUCCAUUUGGAUUAGCGCAAAGGGAUGGGAGAUUAAGAAUAGGAGAUGAAAUUGUAUAUGUUAAUGGAAAUUAUUUACGUGCAAUGAAAUGUUUUGAUACAGCCCAAAAACUUUUAACAACAUUCAUUGAUAAUAGUAUGGAUUUAGUUAUAUCACAUGAAGAAAUCUCAUUAUCUAAUAGUGCAGGAAUAAAUUUUAGUACAAAAAUACAAAUUGAUUGUGAUCGCAAUACACCAACAAAACAAUUUAGAAAUUCACCAGAGCCAUCACAACAAAAUUUAUAUUAUUCUUCAAAUUCAAAUAAUAACUAUAAUAGCAAAAUAUGUGAAAGUAAUGGUGUUAUUAGAAAACGUCUAUCAUAUAACCAAAGAACACAUAGUAAUGAUAGUAUAAACAGUUUUGAUUUAAGUGGUUUACAAAUUGCCUACGAUAAUGAAAGCUUAAAUCAUUUACAAACUGAUAAUGAAUCUGUAAAACAUAUGAGUUUAAUGUUACAAUCACAUCAAUAUGAUCAUAGAAGACGUCCAAUAACAAAUCGUCAAUUAGAAUUAACACCAUUAUAUAAUAGUACGUCAUCUGAAUAUACACCUGUUUAUGCUAAUAGAAUAACAACUCUAACAAAUACGAUAAGUGAUGAUGAAAAAUGGCAAUUACUUAGUCGUAAAAGAACUGAAGCUUUAACACAAAUGGAAUAUUCACAAGUUUUAGGUUCAAAAAAUUUAACAUAUUUAAAUGAAAAUAAUAGUAAAUCAGCAAUUGAUUUAAGUACAUUACCUAAAAAUUGUCAAUCACCAUCGCCAUCAUCAUCAUCAUCAUCGUCAACAUCGACAACAAAACAAACAAAUUCAAAUUUAACACUAACUAAUGAAAACAAUGCCAUAAAUUUAAAUGCUACUAAUAAUAUUAAUAAUAGUAAUAACAAUUGUAAUUUAAGUAAUUUAAAUUUAAAUUCUCAUUCAAUUCAACAAUAUUCUACUAGCAGUAACGACGAUAAUAAUAAUAAUAAUAAUAUAAAGACAAAUAUCAAAAAUAAUUAUACAAAUUUCAACAGCAAUAGUAAUGCAUAUCGAUCAUUAAGAUUAGGAAACUUUCGUUUGAGUUCCUGUAGUUUGAAUUCAAGUCGUUUAAGUUUAUGUUCACAAAAUGCUACUGAUUUUUCAUUAAUUGAUCAAGGAAUCAAUAAUCGAAAUGAUUCCAUUACAUCAAUGACAUCAAGAUUAGCAACAGUUUCACCUACACCAACAAUAUUAUUAACUAAAACUAAUAAUGAUAAUAUUAUAAUUGGAUCAGAUCAAUGCUUAAAUAAUGAAACUAAUACGAAUAAUAUUAAUAAUAAGAAUAUUAAAGAAAAUAAUAAAAUUAUUAAUAAUUUUAAUCAAGAAAAACAAUUAAAAUUAUGUAAUAAAACUAAUAAUGUUUUCAAUAAUGCCAAUAACAACAAUAACAACAGCAAUGUUAAUAAACAAUUAUUGAAUGAUAAUAAUAAUGAAGCAUAUAAUCAAAUAGUAAAUGGUAUCAGCUGCGAUUUAAAUGCUAACAAUAGCUUAAAAAUUACUAAAGAAAAUGGCGUUCACGACACUACUGAACAAGAUGGACUGGGACGAUGUAUAGUACAGACAAUUACAUUUUUCAAAGGACAUGGUAUGAAGUCAUUAGGUUUUAGUAUUGUUGGUGGGCGGGACUCUCCGAAAGGUAUGAUGGGCAUUUUUGUGAAAACGGUUUUUCCAUCUGGACAAGCAUCUGAUGACGGAAAUCUUUUAGCUGGAGAUGAAAUUAUACAAAUAAAUAACAUAUCAGUUCAAGGAAUGAGUCAUGCAGAUACUAUUGGUUUAUUUAAAAAUGUUCGUGAAGGCCCAAUAAUUUUAAAAAUUUUAAGGCGAAGAUCUUACAAACCAAAGCUGUCAGGAACAUAACAUACCAUUUUAGCGAAUACAAAAUAUUUUUUUUUAAUAAUAUUACUUAUUAAAAAACUAAUAAUUAUAUACAUAUGUACCAAUAUAUUUAUUAAUAUUUUAUAUAAAUAAAUAUACUGUUUUUUUUAUUCUUGUAAAAUCAAAUUUUCUUUGUACAUAACUAUAAAAAAAAUUAUAUCAGUUUUUAAUUCUAGAUUAUAAAAAAUUGUAGCAGAAAAUUUCAAU